AUGAACGCACCGCACGAGAGCCGGACGCCCGACGGUGGCAGGCCGCGCCCGCCGCAGCACGCGGCCAGCGGGCUCCCGCGCGCGGCGGCGCCGGCCGACCGCGCCGCCCGCGGCACGACCCCCGGGGGCACCGCCCCGGCGCGGCCCGCACGCGGAGAGUGCGGCAAACCGGCCCGCCCGCACGCGCCCGCCGCGCAGGCCGGCACGCGCCCCCGGCCGCCCACCGGCGCUGUGGCGCGCGCGCGCCCUAGGGCGCGGCCCGCGCCCGCUGCUCCCCGGCCUCCAAGCAUGGAGGCGGCCUGGGACCGCGCGCGCCGCGCGCUCCGCGCGCGUCGCGUUCCUCGCGCUCGCGCGCGCGCUGCGCUCUCGCGCGCGUCGCGCGCGGCUCGCUCGCUCUCGCUCGUCGCUCGCUCGGCGGGCCUGGUUACCGGGGCUCGGGGUCAUGGCGACCAAGCAGGGGCAGCUCCUUCUUUGUGA